ACCAGAUAGCAGCAACAGCGCUCGCGAGAUCGGACACCAUCUCUGGCUACCAUCGCUUGCUACCAUCGCAUGCUACCAUCGCUACCAUCAGUAGACUAGAACUCGAGCAGGGCAUGAAAGAAGUAAUAGGAGACUAAGACACAGAGGGCGACUUGUGAGAUUUAAUAUUUUGUCGUUACCUGGAUAGACAUAAAUAUUUGUUUCAAAAAGGAUACCAUAACAUUACUCUGAAGUUAAAGAUUCUAGGCAUUCCAUUACAUUACUCUGAAGCUUUAGAUUCUAUGCAGCACUGAGUAUAAUGAUUCCGGGCAACAAUCAUCGAACAAAGAUUGAAACCUACUGAGUACAGUUUACUAACAAAGGUCAUAGAAGAAACUUUACUUGCUGCUGAGCGUUAGUCAAAUUUGUUUGGAGUGAAAACCCAUUAGACAAGGAUAAUCGUCAAAAUAGAUCAUCGACCUAAAAUCAGUCCAUCUGUUGAAGAUCAUCGACCAAAAAUCAACCCGUCGGUCAAAGACGACUUUCCAAGAUCACUGAUCAAAUAUCACUGACCAAAGAUCAUUGGCCACAGAUAAUAUCCCAAGACAGCCUUGACCUUACAAAAAAAAAUGGUUGACGUCCCCAAUGUACUGCAGUACCCCAUACACUUCCCCCACCUUCACGCCCCCGUCCCCAUCCACCUGCCCCCAAAUUGGAGGGAGUUUCACCUCUACCACCCCCCUGCGCCCCCGACCCUGAUCCAGCUCACCCCUCCCCAUCAUAUCCACGGGCUUACACUGGAGCACCCCCAGGCCUUCAUUCCUCACCAGUACCUCCCCGACCCCCCACCCCAGGGAAUAAAAAACUAUUACCACCAACCUAACAUGGAUGGACACGCUUUACCCAGCGGGGCUUUCUCCCAGCAACACAUCACCACCAACACCAACAACAACAACAACACACUGAGAGAGAAUUGCACACGAGCACACAAACAGGAACAGAUCAAAAUUUUCGCCAAAAGCAUCCAAGCCUUCGACACCAAACCACUACGGGAAUCACGUGACCUAUCCCAUGACUUCCAAGACUUCCAACGUGGGGUCGAUCCGGCUCCACUUUUCUCUAAAGACGAUCUGAAAAGGAAGCACGCGGCUAAUUUUAGAAUCGGGAAACUCCGAAAAUCUUCAAAGGAGCCUAGAAACUGGUGCGUUGGACAAUUUGAUAAAGAGGAUAUUAAAAGCGAAGUGAAAGUAAUAACGGAACAAUUAAAUUUUGGGAAUCGACCUGACGCAUAUACUUAUCAGACUGCGGCGGAUGUGACGUCAGAGUCAAGUUUCGCGCAACCAGAUCUGCGCAGGUCUCUAGUUGUGGUCAAGCCUCGAUUUGACUUCGCCAACCUCCCCAGGAUGGUCAGCGAGGAGAACUCACGGGUGGAUGACGUCAGCGAGAGAACGGUCAAGGUCGUCAGUCACGUGCUAUUGCACGCGCAACCAAUCAGUAACGGCCAAUUGCCUACGACAGUGCAGGCGUUUCCCAACAACAAACUUCGUAAGGCUGGCAGACGACAGUCUCGCCCCAGGAGUAAGAAACAGUUUAUCUGCAAGUAUUGCUCACGUGAGUUCACCAAGUCCUACAACCUGCUCAUCCACGAGAGAACGCACACGGACGAGCGGCCUUUCACGUGCGAUUCGUGCGGGAAGUCUUUCCGUAGGCAGGACCACCUGAGAGACCACAGGUAUAUCCACAGUAAAGAGAAACCAUACAGGUGUAUGGAGUGUGGGAAAGGUUUUUGUCAGGCCAGGACGCUGACCGUUCACAAGGCGACACACAUACAGAAAGACGACCCCGCAUCGAAACCUCAACCACCACAAGAACGGUCCUUCUCUACAGGGUCGUUAACAUCAUCGCCCACCCUAUCAACUUCGUCCAUGGCGUCCCUAGAGAUCUCGUUAAAGCUCGAGGUCUGACGUCAUGUCACGAGAAGAGUGACGUCAGCAACCAGGAAGAGAGACUUCAAAACUUUAGACAUCUAUUUGGAACACGAACUGCAAAUUAAUGUAGAGAUUACCAGAAAGAAUAAAUAGAUUUACUUGUGUAAAUAAACAGUGCCUUACAAAGAACAA